AUGUCUUUCAAGAGGGAAGGAGAUGAUUAGAGUCAGCUCAAUGUGCUCAAAAAAUGAAGAGUUGGGGACUUGCUGGCCAGUUAUAUCCCAGAAGAUGAAGCACUGAUGCCAUGGGAUGGGUGCUUUGCUUGUACCAUCUGUCCUCAUCGACCUAUACUAGACACACUGGCCAUGCUGACUGCCCACCGUGGAGGCAAGAAGCAUUUAUCUAGCCUGCAGCUUUUCUAUGGUAAGAAGCACCCAGAAAAGGAAAUGGGGCAAAAUCCAAGACCACAGGAUGAAUCGAAAAGGGAAGAGACCAAAUCUGAGGCUCCUCUGCUAACCGAGACUCAACUUAUCACCCAGAGUGUACUGCACAGAGCUCCCCACUAUAACAGUUGCUGUCGCUGGAAGCACAGUUCUGGAUGGAUCCCAGAUGCAGAAGGUCUAUGGAUAAAAGAUGAAAAUGUUGAGUUUGACUCAGAUGAGGAAGAACCGCCUGACCUCCCCCUGGACUGA